UAGUGUUGCCUUGCUAUCCUGUCCUGCAAACAAGUUCUCGCCUCUCUCUUCCCCAAUCUGCAGCUAAGAAAAUGCCAUCCGCCACAAUGCAAACAGUACCCAGCCGAUUCCCCUUUAUCGAGACAUUCUCACAGGCCGUCUCUUCUCAGGAGAGAUCCGGCCAGCGCGCAAGCACGCUCAUACCAGCAAAGAUUCUGGUCAACCUCUCUGGAAAUGUCCGCCGCGACCUCAACUACGUCUCCCGGCUGCAGGAGGACGUGGAUGAGAAGCUCAAAAGCUGCUCCCAGUACCAUACAAUCUGGAUUCAAGAGGUGCGGCGCGACGCGUCCCAGGCUCUGCUCGACUUCAACUCGUACCUCGAGCAUAAAAUGCCCGCCAGCGGCAACGGCGAGGCGCCUCCAAAAAUCACAAAAGUUAUAAAAAACAGUAAAAAGAUGGCUAGUCUCGAGAGAGAGCUGAGUGGCGCGCAUGCCGGCCUCGUUGGUGUUAUGGGCUUUAUGCAAAUGUUGGGGCUCAAGAGCGGGACCUUGUUGCUCGAUCCCACCCAGACUCUGUAAGAAUUGCAGACGAGUUUACUUCUGGUGGAAUGAGAUAUAAAUUCUAUAUAUUGUAUUGAAAAUGAAAAGGCGUGGUAAAUGGAGAAGAGUCGGGUUUUCUGGGGAGAGGUCAGAACAUUUACCUUUAAUUCAUAAUCGGUGGAUCAGAUUCAAUAUGUGUUGUCCCCUGUCUCUCUUUCUUUCCUCUUCAUAAACAUAUCACGCAGGCUCUGUGAUUCCCUUCUUCUUCUUUUUAUCA